UUGGAUGCCACCCAAUUAGGGGCACGAGCCAUGACGACUCAAAUAGUCGCUCGUCGCACCCUCUGGCUUCGCCACUGGCAAGCUGAUUCAGCGGCUAGAUUGAACCUGUCCAAGGCUCCUUACUCCGGAUCUCUACUCUUCGGUGAGGAAGCUCUAAAGGCAGUUCUGGUUGAUCCAAAAGACGCCCACAAACCGGUUCUAGCCACAAUCAAGAACAUCGACCACAGGCCCCUCAGGCGAUUUCCCUCCUUUCGUUCUAACCAGCCCUUUCGAGGAACGCGACCAGGAGGACGAGGCCGCGAUUUCAGACCCUAUGAUUCCAACGCAUUCAGGGGCUCCUGGAACCGACGCCCCCAGGGCAGAGACCUACGGCUGGCUGGUCAACUUCGACAAAAGCCAUCUCCAACCAACCCAACGCCUACUACAUCUUGGGGCAAUGUUGGACACCCUGCAGGCAAUGGUCUUCCUGUCUCCAGAUCGCAUCACUGCCAUCACAAGCAUCGCAAGGUCCCUGAUGCAACAAACAUCCGCAGACGUCAUGCUUCUCGCCAGAGCGCUCGGGAUGUUUAUCUCCACAAUCCACAUUGUGCCCUGGGCUCGAGCUCACACUCGGCCCCUUCAGUGGACUCUGUUGCCUUUUCAAAAAGACAUUGCCAGCUCCAACCAUCGCAAAGUUCGUUUGAGCCCCGCUCUGCGCCUCUCCUUCCGCUGGUGGACCAAGGUUCAACACCUCUCCAAGGGCACGUCGUUCAGAGAACCCCGCAGAACCGUCGUGACCACAGACGCCAGCCUCAUAGGUUGGGGAGCCCACUGCAACUCCCAGUAUGUUCAGGGGGUUUGGCCCAACGCAGAGCGAGCUCGAAGCAUCAACUGGCUGGAACUAAAGGCUGUCCACUUGGCUCUAUGUCAUUUUCAGUCUCUGUUCCCUUUGCAUCAUGUGCUCAUUCGAACAGACAACACGUGUGUAAAAUCACAUUUGAACAGACAAGGGGGCACCAGGUCUCGUCCUCUGCAGGACUUAGCCUCCCUCAUCUUUGUCUGGGCAGAACAACAUCUACAAUCCCUGAAAGCAGAGCACCUCAAAGGGAUUUUGAAUGUGACAGCAGACUGGCUCAGCAGACAACAGGUCUUCCCGGGAGAAUGGAAACUUCAUCCAGCCAUUUUCCAUCGUCUCCAGUGUCGGUUCGGCGCCCUCUCAGUCGACCUGUUUGCUUCCAGUCACAAUUGCCAGCUUCCCAGGUACUUUGCCCGAUACCUGGACUCAACAGCAGAAGCAGUGGAUGCUCUGACAACACCAUGGCCAGACGGUCUAUUGUACGCCUUUCCUCCCAUACCAUUGUUAGCCAAAACCUUGAGGAAGGCGCGAACCGAAAGGGCACAGCUGGUUCUGAUAGCACCAUUUUGGCCACGCCGUCCGUGGUUCUCAGAUCUUCUGGCAAUGUCAAUGAUGGACCCUUGGACACUUCCAGUAACGCCAGACCUCUUAUCCCAGGGUCCAGUACUGCACCAGGACCCUACUUGGCUCAAUCUAACAGCGUGGCGUUUGAACGGAGACACUUGAGGUCAGCUGGACUGUCUGACGCUGUGAUUGAUAUUAUUUUGGCCUCGA